AUGGAUCGUCCAAGCACCUCGAAACCCAGAGGCCUCUGCCUUUACUUCAACACCCCUCGUGGCUGCUUUAGAGGCUCUCAAUGCAAGUUCCUACAUGGCGCGGACGAGAAGCUUACGCCUCAUGACAAGCACAAGACAUGCAAAUGGUUCGCAGCUGGAUACUGCAAGCGGGGCGCUGAUUGUUGGUUCAGACAUGUACUGGCUCCGCCGUCCGAGGAGCCACUACCAGCGCUCUCAGAAGAUACCUGUGGAAUCUGCCUCGAGAAACCCGUCACGUUUGGUCUGUUGAGCAAUUGUAGCCAUGUAUUUUGUGUCGAUUGUAUCCGUGGCUGGCGUCUUCGUGAGAACAAAAGCGAGGAUAUACGAUUCUCACGGGUCAAUAAAAAGUGCCCAUACUGCCGCAGCGACUCCAAAAUGAUCGUCCCUUCGAGCCACUUCUAUCCUGAUGAUCAUCCAGGCAAAGCUGCCGUGAUAAAGUCAUAUAAAGCCAGUAUGGCUCUUGUUAAGUGCAAGUAUUUCGAGGAAAGUCCUGAGGAAGAAAAGUUCUGCCCAUUCGGUCACGAUUGUCUGUAUAAACAUGAGAAUGCCGAUGGCACGCCGCACGUAUUUCCCCGCGGUGUUGACUUCUAUAUGACUGUGAGCCAAUCUCCAAGCCUCGUACUGACUAGGUAG